AGUAUUGCAACUCCAACAUUAGAGGCCGCUGAUGGACAAAGAAGCGAGCUUGAAAGUCGACCUUGCUCCGGGAAAGAGCCACAUUGCCCUACGGGUGGGCGAGAAGUGCUAUUAUGUUCCUGCCCUACUACAUAUGGCACCUACGUUUUCUCGAGUAUGCCCUUUAUUUAUAAAUGAUGUUUUAAAUUCAAAGUCAAUGGUCAAUAUAUAUGGAACUUCCGGACUUUCACUUCAUCAUAGCCAAUAUUUUUUGAUCAAUAACCAUCCUAUUAAAAGAGUUAGCUUAUCGGGGAAGAUUCUAUCGUAUUUUUUCAAAGAAGUUGAUCAAAGCAAACCAAGUGAUCGAAAUUAUUAUAUCUUCACUAUUGAUGAUUGCUCUAGUCAUAAUUCCCUGAUAAUUCAAGUUAAAGCUAAACAAAGCAUCUGUGCUGGUUUGAACUUGCCACCAAUAGACUCUUGUUAUGGCACGAUUAUAAACGCAAUAGGUUUAAUUAAACGGGUUUAUGAUUUUGAACCUCAGUUAGACUGUUUUCAUCUAAGCAUUUUGGGUAAACCUAAUGACUUUGAUGUGGAGCUCGAUCAGUGGAUGGAAAGAUUGGAAUUUCGCAAAAGAAUGCUAGAGAAGCCAUGGAAGUACCAGCCUCCGGAAUUAUCAUCAAAUAAUGAACUCACUCAAGAUCCACCAAUGUUAAGAAAAGAUUACCAAAGAAAAUUAAAUCGACAACAACUUCAACUCUCUGAAAGCUUGCCUAAAGCGGGGCUGGUACCCUUGCAUAAAGACAGUGUUAUUAUACAUCAUGAUCGUAUACGGGCGCAACGGCCUAUUAUUUGCCUUGAUCCAGAGGUUGAAAUAGUACACUGCAGUACUAUACCAACAGGAACACAUACGCCUGUAACACCCUUGCCUAUUCCCUUAGCAUCUAAGGGACUGGCUUCACUCAACAAUUGUCCAAGUUCCCUCCCACCAUCGACACUACAAUACCCUCUCAAAAACAGGACUCAUGAUAGCAUUUUCAAGACGAAAGAAAAGAAAGAGUUAAAUCGUAGCUCAAAUGCUCUUCUUGAAUCAUUUAAAGUGGCUAAACCACAGUAUACCUCAAAAACGAGUUCCAAAAAGUCGGGGCCAAAAUUGGUUAGGCUACAACAAGAUCCAUCGCAUAAUGAAUCGACUUCGGGAAAAAAGACAGAGGAAAUCCCAAGAGAUGAUGCUUUCACGUUAUCAAAGAUAGAUUCAUCCACUCUUCGAGGGAAAAGAAUUGUAAAUAAAGCACAACUUGAAAUCGAAAAAGUUGGUAGACCGUUUUCAAGAAAGUAAAGAACAACUUUAAUGACUUACGACCUUAGUAUUUGUAUUUAUUCACCAU